AUGAUGAGUGAGGACAAGAGACUUUUAAUUCAACUUUCAAAACAAUCAAAAAAUAUCAAAUCAGCAUCAUCUUCACUUCAAUUUUUAAAUCCCGAAGAAGAAAAAUCCGAAAGAAAAGAGGAAGAAUCUAAUAAGAGAAAAAUUGAUCAAGUAAUUCCGUGCAAGGGAAAUCAUUUGAAUAUAAAACAAGCAAAAUUGGAAAAUCAUCAUCAUCAUUAUACUAAGGAUGAGGAGUUUAUUCCGUCCAAGCCAGUUGAAGGAUUUGGUGCUGCAAUGUUGAGAGGAAUGGGUUGGAAGGAUGGUCAACCAUUUGGAAGAUCGAAACAAAUCGUUGAACCUGUAGAGCCAAAACCUAGACCUCAUUUGGCUGGAUUGGGAAGUAGUCUUCAGCAUCAAAUUGAAUUGGAUCCAAGGAAUAAGAAAUUGAAAGACCAAUUGGAAAAGGAAAAACAAGCUGACAGUAAAAAGACAGCAACCACAAGUAUUCAAAACAAAUCUGAACAACAACGACCAAAAACUAAUGAAUCAGCAUCUUCAAGCUCAGUAGCACCAAAGAAAAAGAAGGCCAUCACUUGGUUAUUACCAAACCUCUAUGUGAGAUAUAUCAGUAAUGGAAAACAUUAUUUACAAAAAGGUCUUGUAAUGGAUAUUCCAACUAGUUAUGAAUGCACAAUCAAAAUGGAUACUGGAGAAAUAUUGGAACAUAUUGGAGAGGAUUCCCUUGAAACCAUUAUUCCAAAGCAAAAAGGACUUCAAUGCAUGGUUGUGAAGGGAGAACAUAAGGGAUUUGUGGGCAGUUUAGUAUCAAAAGAUAGAGAAAAAGAGACAUGUCUCCUCAAAAAUCAAGAUGAUGAUGUUGCGGUCGUCUCAUUCGAUAACUGUUCCAGUUUAGAUCAAACAAUCAGAGUUUGGGAUAUUACCGAUGGAAAAACAAUCAAAGUAGUGGAUUUAAAAUCUUCACAAUUCAAGCCUUAUUGUAUCGAUUGGAGUUGUACGGAUUCAUAUCAAUUAGUUGUUGGAGGUAAAAAAGGUGCAAUCAAAGUAAUUGACUUUAAUGACGAUUCAAAUUAUACAAUCAAUCUUUCGGGAGAUGAUCUAAGAUCAAUAGGGUUUAAUACUAGAAAUCCUACUGUUUUAUUUGCUGCUUGUGGAGCUGAAUUGUUUUUAGUGGAUAUUAAGAAGAAAAAGCCAAUUUGCAGACACAAAUUUUCAGAUUACAAGAUUGUAGAUUUCCAAUGGGAUUCUCUUUCUAAUAAUUAUCUCAUUUGUAGCUACGAAAACGGCCAGACUGUACUUUUCGAUACUGAUGCCAAAGAAGAAAAUAUGAAAGUUAAGGUAUUUGAAAAAUCCGGAGCUGGUAUAUCUUCGAUUGCAUGGAUAAAGAAUGAACCUGGUAAUUUCAUAACUUCUGAUGUAAGAGCAGGUGUUAUUAGAUACUGGAACGUUUCUCAAACAGCUCCUCUCAAAGUGCAAAGAGUUAGAAAAAAUAGUGGAUUCCAGGAUAUGUUUUUACUUCCAGGAUGUCAAAAGUUAGCUUGUGCUUUCAAGGAUGGAGCCGUAGGAUUAUUUGAUAUUUCAAAGAAGCAAUUCGACUUUUUGACACCCGGUUCUCAUACAGAAACCAUUUUCGAUUGUGAGUAUUGUCCUGCCAAUCCAGAUAUUUUCGCCACUUCAGGUUUUGAUCACAGUAUCAGACUUUGGGAUACUCACAGAAUGAAGGUUGUAGAAAAUCUUACUCACGAAACUGGUGUUAUCUAUGGCCUUGCUUGGCAUCCAACUAAGAGAGAAAUUGCCGGAGCUUUCAACACUGGUAUGGUCAUCAUUUGGGACGCCCAAAAGAGAAUUCCAAAACUUCAACAAGAAAUUCACAAAGACUGUAUUUAUAGAGUUGCAUGGAAUCCAAUUGACCACUCUCUUCUGGCAACUACCUCUAAGGAUACAUUCUGUAUUGUAUUCAACGAGGAAGGAAAGGUAAUUAAAAAGUUCAAGCACCCAGCACCAGUCUUUGGUGUUCAAUGGCAUCCAACCAACAAGAAUAUUAUUGCUACAGGUUGCCAUGAUCAUAUUGUAAGAGUUUUCAACAUUAAUAAUCCAAAUGAUGCUCCAAUUUCAAUUCUCAAAGGUCACACUGCUGAAGUUUUCAACGUAACAUGGCAUCCAACUAUUCCUAAUGUGUUAGCUUCAGGAUCAAAUGAUAAGACUAUUAGAAUAUGGGACAGUGAUACUGGUAAUUCCAAAGUGUUGAAAGGGCAUACUCACUAUGUGAGAGCUUUAGCUUGGAACUAUGAGGUUUCUAACAUUUUACUCAGUGGUUCUUGGGAUGGUACAAUCAGAGUUUGGGAUACAAAGAAGGAAUGCCAAAUUGCUGUCUCUAACGAUCACCAUGCUGACGUCUAUGGUUUAUCAUCUCAUCCUGAAAGACCAUUCACCUUUGGAUCAACUUCAAGAGAUACCACAAUUAGAUUCUGGAGCCUUGAUAAUAUUUCAACAAAAUUCUAUGUUAAGGCAAUUAAUAUCCAAUCACUUGCACCUCUGCUUACCACUCCAAAGAGUCCUUUUGAUUCUGAUUCUCAGGGAGAUGGAUUAUCUGGGCCGGGAGCUAAACUCGUUAGCACCAAGUUGGCUGAAGCAAAGACAGAUGUUGAAAAGCACACCAUUCUCUCCGAAUAUUUCAACUUCCCAAGUACUAGCAGAAACUUGUGGGAACUUGCUAACAGUUUCUUCCAAGGUAAAAAGUACAAAUCAUCUCUCAAGUCUGAUGUUUUGUUCUGUAAUGCUAUUACUGAAACUGUAUAUAAUAAGGCCAAGGAAAUGGAAUCCGCUAGAUAUAAGAAUAAGGGUACAGGAGCUGCACAAAGAGUGGCCGAGCAAUUAAAGGAAGCUGCAAAACUUUACCUUAAAAUUGGUAAGGUAAGAAAUUAUUGCGAAAUCAUGUGUGAGGUUGGAGAAUGGGAAAAAGCUCUUUCAGUUGCUCCAUCUGUUUCAAUUGAUUAUUGGAAAGAUCUGACAGCCAAGUAUACUAAACAACUAGCUGAGAAUGAAAGCGAAGAUGUUAUUCCAUACUACAUUGCAACAUCUGAAACUGAUAAGCUGCUGAAUUAUUUCAUUAGAAAGAAUCAAUUGACUGAAGCUUCCAUUGUUGCAAGAAGAAGUGCAGAAUCAGGUUAUCCUAAACCUAUCGCCGAACAAACCAAGACGGCCAACCAAGAAGAAAGCUCCGAGAAUGCACCUGUAACUAUUGAAAUGAGAAGAAUUGCUGAGUUGCAAGCUAAGAACUUUAUGAGAGAAUCGAAACCUAUUCUGGCAGCUUCUGCAUUCCUUUCAAUCAAGGAUGUUGAUAAAUGCUUCCAUUACCUAGUUAAAGGAUGUGAGGGACAUUUAGCUUAUUCUUUGGCCAAAGCUCUUCUCAUAAGAAACACAGACGAUAGCAUACUUUUGGCGUUCGCAAAUGUUUGUACUAUGAAUGGAGAAUGGGAUAUUGCCUGCGAAACACUUGCACAAGUUAAAAACAGAGAAGAAGCCUCCAAGAUGAUGUGUAAGCUUCCACCAACUCAUCCUCAGAGAGAUAAUUUGUUCAUUAAAGGAGGUUUCCAAACUCCUUCAUUCUAUGCUGCCCAGGCACCUGCUUUGGAACAUGAAAAUCCAGCCGAAUGCAUCAGAUUUUAUUCAUUUGCCUACGAUAAUAUUAAUGCUGCCUUAGUUGCUGUGGUAAAUUAUGAAGAAUUAUUUGCUGAGCAAGAUUGGAACUGGCCACUCAUUAGCAGUAUACAUAAUGCUGUUCAAUGUAUUGAUGCAUACAAAUUGGAAACCAUUAUGAGGAAUAAGAUUCUAUUCUACUCUAAUUUGAUUGGUGCUCAACUUGCUUUAUGGAAAGAAUAUUUUGUUAUUGCUCCUAAGUUAGCACUCAAUGCUAAGGAUUGUCUCAAGAAUAUUCCAAAAGAAUUCUUUGCACCAAGACAGUUUGCUGAAUAUAUUUAUUGCCUUAGUAUGGCUUAUUCGGGUGAAAUUGAUGAGGCUAUUAGUAUACUUUCUCAAGCUCUUAGCGAUACCAAUGAAGUACUGGAAGAACAAUACAGCAAGCCACUCAUUUCAUUCAAGAAGAGAUUAGAACAAAAAACUUUAGUUCAUGAAUGGACUCCAUCAAAUUUAGUAAUACCAUCAGGAUCCAAUUUACCUGUUCGUUCAAUUGAUGGAAAGAGGGCAAUAAGUGUCAUUUCAAAGAAAGAAGCUCAACCUCCUGUCUUGUUAGAAGAUGGUGGCUCAAUAAUCAGUUUGGCUGAGUCCGUCAUGUGGAGAGAAGUCAAUGUCUUCUCCCCAACUUGUUCAGGAACUAAGAUUUAA